GUUUUGCAUUAGAAUAUCAUUCAGUUAAGUCAGCUUCAUGAUUUUCAUCGCAAUGUUGAGUACUAAGAACGAUAAUUUGCCUAUUUUAUGGCUAUUUAGUUGUGUGCCUGUUUUCUAUUAAAUUACAUGUUAUUGUGAAAUUCACAUAAGAAUUUAUACGACUAUAAACAAACACUAAUACAUAUAGACGUACGUUUGACAGCUUUAGUUUAUAAAUACAACUGACAGCACGUGUCAUUUUGUCCCGGCUUCAAAUAGUAUUGACAAUAGAUCAUUUUGUAUUGAAUUAAAUUGCCAAGUAUUGUAUAAAUACUGAGGCCAGCAUGCGCAGUUGAGUUAUUACUGUUUUGAUCAUUCUAGUGACAAUAUCAUCAACAUGAGUUCCACUGCAGAAAAUCCAACAAGUGAAAUAGUAUUGCCAAAUUAUAUCCAAGCACAUUUGAAUCGAAUCAGUGCGGAGAAUGAUUUCGUUGAUUCUUCAGUGGAUGUUCGUCAGGGGUCACAGAUUGGUGAUGGUUUUGCGAGCAACAUUUGGAGUGUAACAAUUGCUGAACGGAAUAGUGAUAAAAAAUUGCACCUUGUUUGCAAAGUGGCACUAAACGCCGAAUCAAAUGAAGAUGGAAAAAAAUCGAAACUAAUAUUCAAACGCGAAGCCGAUUUUUACACAAAAUUGAUGCCGACUUUUGUAAAAUUCCAAGCAAAAAAGGGUUUAUCAGACGUUGAUCAAUUUUUAGCGUAUCCAAAAUGUUACGGAACCACAAUAGACGAUGAAAAUGGGCAUUACGUAAUCAUUCUGGAGGAUCUUCGUCCGCAAGGCUUCAAACUGUGGCCCAAAAUAAAAACAUCGCCAAUCGAAAAUGCUCGACUUGCAAUGCGCGAGAUUGGAAAGUUUCACGGAAUUUCGAUUGCGAUGAAAGUUCAAAAGCCAGAGCAUUUUGCUGAGUUUAAGUCGUUCACAGAUAUUUAUAAAAUUCUAUUCAAUUCAAAAAAUGUGGAAGCUUACUUCACAAGGUCAUACGAUUACGCACUCAAGUCAUUCAAACGUGACGAUUUUAAAGCGAUCAUGAGCGACAUAAGAAAAAACUUUCGAAAGUAUUUCGAUGAAUGUCUGGAUGAGAAAUCGGCAAGCUAUUUUGGAGUGAUUUGCCACGGUGAUUUUUGGAACAAUAAUAUUUUGUACACCUUCAAUGAGAAUGGUGCCGCUGAAGACAUUCGACUUCUAGACUGGCAAGUAAUAAGACAUGGUUCACCAGCAAUCGACAUAGCUGCCAACAUAUUUACAUCCACCGAUAAGUCAUUGCGAGACGAUGAAUAUGAAAAUCUACUUCAACUUUACUAUAAUACACUAUCCAAAACAGUGAAACUGUUGGGAAGCAAUCCAGAUGAACUGUUUACAUUUGAAAAUCUACAAUCCGAACUGAAAAGAUGCGGCAUCUAUGCGCUAUUACUAUCACCGUUAUCGAUUCAAGUUUCACAAGCAGAUGCGAGUCAAUUGGCCGAACGAGGAGAUAAAAGUGGUUUAGUUGGUGGCCUUACUGAAACGGGACAACUUGAAUAUGAACGACGAUUGAAUGGUGUCUUUGAAGAUGUCACAAGACUUGGCUACAUCAACAAAAUUCAUUAAGUUUUCGCUGAGUGUUCUAUAUCGACAAAAUAAUGUACUACUCGGCUCACCGAAUAAUUGGAUUUCACGUUAUAUAUCGAGUGCACUGCAUAGACGGUGUUUCGGCAACUAACGAAUCGCUAAAUCAAGCAAAAUGCUACAUCUAUGC